GUGAGUGCAAUUGAAUAUUUUUGGAUAAUUUGUAUUGGGUGAUUCAAUUUCUAGGUUGCCCAAAUUAUUCAUCAUUUAUCUAUUUAAUAUGAAAUUAUUAUAACGGAUUGUUUAUUAGGAUACAGAAAUAUAUAAAAUAUUUAGUAUCUUUUUCACUAUAACCCGUAUGAGAAAGAUAUUGACCAAAGAGAUUUUAACCCAACAAUUGAAUGAAGUGUUGAUGAGCAAAGAUAAAAACAAUGUCCCAUUUCCAAGAUUGAGGGAUCUGAAGUUGACCACCAAAGAAGUGGAAAUGGAGCGGAAGAAGGAGAGUGAGGAAAUGCGAGUGAAUAAGAAAACAAAGUUAGAGUGGAGACCGGAGGAUUGUGCUCAGGUAAUUGGAGUAUCAGAUAAGUGUACUGGUGAGGGAGAAAAGAAGAAAUGUCAUUACAAGACAUUUCAGUUUCAUGCCAAUAAAUAUGGACUGGAGGACUCAGUGCUACUGGUUCCAGAGGAUGCAACCCAAAAGCCCUACGUUGCGAUCAUAAAGGAUAUUUAUAUACAAGAAAAAGAAGAAUAUGUGAAGCUUGAAGUGCAGUGGCUUUAUCGUCCAGAAGAUGUGGAGAAAAAAUAUGUCGGAAAAUGGGAACCCAAAGACUCAAGAGACCUUUUUUACAGUUUCCAUCGCGAUGAAGUGUCUGCUGAAUCUGUAAAACACGAUUGUGUUGUACAUUUCAUUCAAGAGAAUAAGCAAAUCCCAAACCGUAGAAAGCAUCCUAGUUUCAUCGUGCAGAAGCUUAGGAAGUUCACUUUUAAUGGCUUUGACUUGCAGCAAAAGCGUGAAAUAGAUCAUCUUGUGGAAAAGACGAUUUUGCGAGUUGGCCAUCUUCCUGACAUUGUGAAGGAGCAAAAGACUUUGAUCUCGAGGAGUAAACGAUCUGUUCCUCAAAGCUAUAUUAUAAAAGCGGUGGAAACAAGUCAUGAAAGCAAUAAUGGGGUUAACUCGAUCUUGGAAAAUUUUGAUUUGUUGACCGGUGAUUCGGAUCGUGACAAGAGUUUGGAGGAGCUUCUGGAAGUAGUUAAGCCUAGUUGUCGCACAAGUAAAAAGAAGCAAGCUGGUGAUUAUGAUUCUUUCUGGCCAAAUGAUGUUGUUUCAGUGGUGAGUGCUCUAGAGCAAGCUUUAUAUGAUUCUUUGAAAGAAGAUAUAUCAAAGUAUAGUAACAAGUUGGAGAUUCUGGUUGGUAAACUUAAGCGUGGUUUCACUUUUGAUGAAUUAAAGGCCGACUUGGAAGAACCAAUAUUGGAGGAAGAUGGUUCCUCAUCCACCUCCAGAAGUGUUGGGCACAAAGAUUCUUUUGAAGAUUAAAGAAGUAACUAAGCCCUUAAAUAAUAUAUUUAGUGUUAUCUUGCGCUUCUUCCUUUAAAUCUUCUAACGAUUUUUUCCUAAAAUAUUCUUUCAAACUAUGUUGCAGAUCAUGACUCAUUAUGUAAAAUUUCAAUUGUUAAAGCUUAGAUACUUUUUAGAGUGUCAUAUUGGAAACAUGUGUUGGCAUGUAUAUAUGCAAUUGAAUAACGAAUCAAAUAUAUUGUAUGUCUUUGUUUUUA